CAAAAGCAGAUAGACCAUCAUCUACCCAGCUUCACUUUCACUUCCUAUCCUCCACUUUGGAAAAAGGACGUGGUAGCCAUGAAGGUCCUUAUCCUUGCCUGCCUUGUGGCUCUUGCUCUUGCAAGGGAGAACGAAGAAAUCGGUGUAUCCACUGAGAUUUCAAGCAGUGAGGAAUCUAUUACACAUAUCAAGGAGAAGCUUGAGAACAUUAAGCAUGUGGAACAGCUGCAAAGACAGGAUGAAAGCCAAGAUAAAAUCCACCCCAUUGCCCAGCCACAACUUCCUUAUGCUCAGCUCAUGCCUUACACCCUCCUUCCACAAAACGUCCUGACUCUCUCUCAGCUGGCUAUGGUGCUGUCUCUCCUUCAGCCUGAGAUAGCAGAAGUCCCCAAAACUAAAGAGACCAUUCUUUCUAAGCUUAAGCUCAUGCCCUUCCUUAAAUCACCAACAGAGCUAACCCCAUUUGUCCCUCAAAUCCCACAUCUCACUGACCUCCAAAACCAGCACCUCCUUCUGCCUCAGCUCCAGCCUGUGGUGCAACAGGUCCCCCAGGUCCCCCAGUUCUCCCAGGCUUUUCCUCAGACUCCCAUACUUCUUCCUCAGCCCCAGGCGCCUAUCCCUCAAUCCAAAAUCGUACCUGUUCCCCAGCAAGUAGUGCCCUUUCCCCAGAGAGAUAUGCCUGUCCAAGCCUUUCUGGAAUACCAAGAUCUUCUGCUCCAGCCUACUCGCCCACUCUACCCUGUGACUGACCCACUUGUCCCAGUUUCCAACCCUGUUACUGUCUAAGAAGAUUUCAAAGUUAGCGGCUCCUCAUUUUUGAAUUGACUGAGACUGGAAACAAGACAUCUUUUCUUUAAAUCAUGUUACCAAAUAUUACAUAUUUUUGAAUGGAACUACCUGGAAAAAAAUGAAACUGUAUUCUUUUUAUUUUAUGCAUUUUAUGUCAUUGGUUUAGUUGGAAUUAGACUCAUGAACUCUUUUCAAUUCCCAAAUUGUAAGUUCAAUGUUGAGUUAGAAAUACUCUAAACAUGUCAAAAAAAUGUAUAUAAGAAUAGUUUCUGGGAUUGGAUUUACCAGUAUAUCUUCAAGAUAGCAUACAAUAAAUUGUUUCCUUAAAUAAAUUAA